AUGGCUUUUGGUAGCAGCUUCAAGCAGAUCUACACCGCUCUCACCAUGUCGGAACAAGACAUGCCACCAUCAUCGGCAGUAAUCAUCGCGCUUUUCAACACGAUCUUCAACUCGCUCAACACCUGCCUGUCUGUCUGGACCGCGACAUCUGCGCUGUCCAGCGCCACAACUCUAUCGGAGGUACUGGGGUCUCCGGCAGUCGCGACCGGUCUCGCAUUUUACCUGAUUGGCAUUCUGACAGAGGCGGCCUCGGAAACGCAACGCAUGAUUUUCAAGAAGAACCCCGCCAACAAAGGGAAGCCAUACGCCGGUGGCUUGUUUUCUCUUGCAAGGCAUAUUAACUACGGUGGCUACACCAUCUGGCGUACGGCCUAUGCGCUCACCUGUGGUGGCUGGACCGUUGCCAUUCCGGUGUUUACCUUCUUCUUCUACGAUUUUGCCACUCGAGGUGUCCCAGUCCUCGAUAAGUACCUUUCGGAGAGAUAUGGUGAUUCGUGGAAGACUAUCAAAGCCAACGUCCCUUAUCGUUUAAUCCCCGGCGUUUAUUAG